AUGGAUUUAAAAAAAGUGGAUUGCAUUAUUUGUAAACAACCAAUUAAAUGUUUCAAAGAUAUAGUUAUACAUUUUAUUAAACAUAAUGAUCGUUGCCCAAUUUGUUUAAGCAAAUAUACAUCAUUUUCAAAAAUGUAUGCUUUAACAGGUCAUUAUUAUUCACAAGGUUGUAAUAAUAAAAAAAAUAAUAUAAAGGGUGAACAAAAAUUGCAAGAUGAAUUUUAUCAGAGGUUAUCAAAGAUUACAGGCGAUAAUAUUAUAUACCCAACCAACUUAUCCGAUGACCCUUUCAAUCAUAUGAGCCAACAAAAUUUAAAUGAAAAUUUUAUAAUUGAUGAGAAUAAUAAUAAUUUAGAAAAUGAAAAUGAAAAUGAAAAUAAUUCAUUUGAGGAUAUAGGAAAUAUAUUAAACCAAAAUGGACAAGAAAAUGAUGAUAUUGAAAUUUUGAAAGAAAAAGAAAAUGGAAAUUUAGGAAAAGAAUUAAAUAAUUAUGAAAUUGGAUUUUUAAAGUUGGGUUUAGAAAAUGCUAAAUCGUUAAAAUUUAUGCAACAAAUUUUGGAUUUUUUUAAAAACAAUAUAAAUGCAAUUAAUGAAAUUAGAUAUACAACAAAGUAUAUGGAUUCUAUAUUUUUAGCAAAUUUACCUAUCGAUGGUCACUUUUUGAGUUACAAAUAUUAUGAAGAGUCAAUUUUUUAUUAUGAAAUUUGUUCAGUUGUAAAAUUAUUAAUUGAAAAAAAAAAUUUUAUAGAAUAUUUAGAUUUCUCAAAAGACUAUGAGCAAGGUAUUUAUAAAAAUUAUAAAUCUGGAGAACAAUUCAAAAAAAUAAAAAAUUCAAUUUCAGAUAAAUUUAUUUUAUUAAGAAUAUUUAGUGACGGAAUGAGUCAUCAAGGUAGAUCAGAUUAUACUAUAAUGGUGGAUUUUGAAAAUUAUAAUGGUCCAUUUUUUAAAAAUAACAAAAUUGUUUUAUUUAUUGUUCCAAAAGAAUGGUUUCACAAUAUACAUCAAACAAUUAAAAAAUUAUUUUCAGCGCAAUUUAAUAAUAAAUUAAUAAUUAAAGAUAAUAAUGGAAAUGAUUAUGAAAUUAUACCAUAUGGAUUAACAAUGGAUAUACCAGAAUUUAGAUCAUCUUGUAGGAUUAACCAUUAUAAUUGCAAUGAGUUCUCAUGUCAUACAUGUGAUAAACUAAGAGGUGUCGAUUAUUUAUUAAAAGAAGGAAAUUAUAGAAAUCAAAAAGACAUUAUUGACUUUCACAAUUCAAAACCAAAUAAACAAGAUUUUUUAAAUCCUCAAAAUAAAAUUUUAAAAUUAGAAACAGAACAAAAAAUGAAAAAAAUCGGCAUUACAGAUUAUGACAGAUCUUGGGUAGAAAAUUUAAAAAUAAAUUAUUUGUACUUACAACCUGAUAUUUUACACAACAUAUUAUUGGGUAUUGUACAAUGGGUUUUAAAUUAUAUUUUCAAAAAAUAUAAGGAUCAAAUUACAAUUUUUAUAAAAAAAUUAAAAGAAGCUAAAAUCAUUCCAGAUCAUUUACCACCAUCAGAAUCUUUAUUUGGUGUAAAAACAAGAAAAGGUAGAGAGAAUAGAAGCAUAUUAUAUUAUAUUUUAUUUUUUACUAAACCAAAUGUAUCAAAUGAUGAUUUCUUAUUAUUAGAAGAAAUGGUUCAGAUUACUUUUUUAUUAUAUCAAGAUUCUUUCGACGAAGAUGAUUUGGAUAAAAUAAAUUAUUUAGUUAAAAAUUUUAAUAAAAAAAUAUUUAUGAUAAUACCAAAUGAACCAAUCAACUUUCACCUUUUAUUACAUUAUCCUUUAUAUAUAAAAAAUUGGGGUGCACCAAAAUUUACAUCAGCAGAGAGAUUUGAAGCACAAUUUAGUAAAAUUAAAGACCUUUUGACAAACAAUACAAACAACCAAGAUCAACAUAAAUUUGAAAGAGUAACAAAAAUAUUAAUGGCAACAUUUUUAGAUAAUUUUAACAAUCUAAAAGAAAAAGAUGUUGACAAUAAUGAUUUAAUUUUAGGGCAAAUAAUUAAAAAAAAUGAAAAUAUUUAUUUAAAAAAUAAUAUUUUAUCAGACAUUAACUUGCAUUACAAAAACAUUGAAAAUAUUCAAUUUCAUAAAUCAAUUAAAAAUUUAAAAGAAAUAUAUAAUGUUGGUGAUGGAAUUGAAGUUGCCUCAGAAAAUUCAUUAACUGGACGAUGGAGUGCAAUAAUUAUUGCUAUUUGUUUAAUAGAAUUAAAAAAUAAAAAAAGUGCACAUUCUAUUUAUAUACAAUACUUUGAUAAAGAUACAGGUGAUCAAAAUAAUAAGUACCACUUUUUAAGAAAAAGCUUUUCAAGUAUAGUAUUUGAUAACAUAGUAAACACAUUAAUACCAAUACAAAUCGAUUCGUCCAACUAUCUUAUAAUUUAUAAGUGCCAUGACCAAUUUUCAAUAAGUAAAAAAAAAAAAUGA